AUGGCCAGAGACUCGCGGGACUCGCUGCACGACGCGCCGCACGACGCGCUGCACCAGCUGCACCAGCUGCACCUUGCCGCAUCGCACUCCGACUCCCUCACCACCUUCGACGACCUCACUGCGCCGCCAGCGCCCGCAGCCGCGGGCGAACCCAAGGGCAUAGAGCUGGUGCAGGGCGGCCUGAGUGGCCUCUACAGCCGCAUAAGAGCGUCGGUCGGGGGCGCGAAGGAGGCGGGCAGCGAUGGCGCCGACAGCCUCUCCUCGGGCUCUAGGAAGCGCACAAGCUCCAGACCCAGCGUGAGAGCACGCAGCCCCGGCGGAACCGCGGUAUCGUCCCCCGUCGUCGUCUCGGUGCCCUCGUCCAGGCUGCAGUCGCCCUCGUCCGCCGCCUUCCCAGACGUCGCUCCUCCGCCCUCUCGAGACUCGACGGUGUCGAACGCUACGAUAACAAGCAAGCUCUCGCUCAACGGCUCCAAGUCCUCGCUCCAGACUACGCGCUCCCGACCGUCGGUAGCGCCAAGCACCGAGCCUAGCAGAUCACUCAGGGAAGAUGAAUCCUUCGCGCACAGCCCUGUGAGCACACACUCGCGCGUGCACAGUGGAUCCGCAUUCGACCUGCCCAAGGGAUCUGCAUUCGACCUGCCCAAGACUGGCUCGGUGAAGGACUUCGCGCCAGGCGCAGGAAGCUCUCGCUCACCGCGAUUCGCGCCCGCUCGGGAUGACGGUCUGCGCCGGAAACGAAGCAACAGGGAGUACGGAGCCCAAGACAGCGACGAUACGGAGGACGACAUGGUCGUUGUCGAUGGCGACAAGCCCGUGGACACGGCCGGCUUCAAGUUUCCGCCAGACGCUGUCCGCGACAGCCCCAGCCUUCGAUCAGACAGCACUCGCCCACCAGCGAGCAACCCCAAAGACCAGUCUGACAACGGCUCUGAAGACACCGAGAAGCCGCAGGCCAGCGCCAGCGCUCCACCGCCCGUGGCUGCGCCCGAGCCACAGCGCCCACCGCUGUUGAAGGUUGGCCCUUCACACCUGCCAGGCUUCCAGACUUCGAGGACAUCGUCCUCUGAUGGCAUUAGCUCUGUCAUCACGACCUCCACAAUGCGCGCCCCCACAGUGCCUCCCAUCAAAGAGAUCCAACGUCAGGCCCAUGCAAGCCCUGCAGUCAACAGCAUGCCUCGAAGCGCCUUCACGCAGAUGCGCAGGAAGAUAUUGGACAGGGAGUUUUGGAUGAGAGACGAGAACGCGAAGGACUGCUUCAACUGCGGAGAUGCAUUCACGACCUUCCGAAGAAAACACCACUGUCGUACGUGUGGGCAGAUCUUCGACUCCAAGUGCACCUCUAUCGUGUCGGGCAAGCUUUUUGGACAGCCGGGCAAUCUCCGAGUAUGCAAGCCUUGCGAGAACAUCAUAUACGGCCAUGACGACGACUCUUCCGACUACACGGAUGAAGGAGACCAGGCAUCCAUCUAUGACCACAGCAACCAAGCCGAGGUUUUCGACGAUGACGAUGACGAUGACACUCAUCCGCAACACGACCACACGAAGAUCGGCACGCCUACCAUCAGCAUACCCAUGUCGCGGAAGAGUGGAAGCGAGAAGAAGCGCCGAUCUCAUGUCAUCGAGGUUGGUGCUCAGACUCUUGCCAGACCAAGUUCAUCACGGUCGUUGCGCUCGCUCAGUGGGCGACCGCGCUCUUCCAGCCACAAACGCCAUCACUCGAAACACCAACACAUGCGCCAUGUCAAACACGACGACCGUGCGCCAUUCCACCAGUAUCUCCACGAGAACCCUCGAAGCCAGCCGAACUUGCCUGCUUUCCACCACGAUAACAUCAUCGACCCUGACCUGGCGCCUUUCAUGUCCGACGAUGGCUCGAGCGAGGAGGAGCAUCCAAGCAUCUUUGCCGCCUUGAACGCAGACACUUCCACCGGCACGGGCCUCGAGGGCGAUAAAGGUGGGUUUGGCGGUCUUCUGGCGUCGUUGAAGAAGGGCAAGUCGCGUGCGGGAGACAAAAGCGGACCUGCUCGAGACAGCGACAACAUCAGCAUCGCAAGUCGACAUGGCGCGCGACCAACGAGAAGACGGAAUUUGAGUGUCAGCAGCAUCACAAAUCGUCCCUCACCUCGACGAGCCAAGAGCAGCACCUUGCUAAGACCCUUCACCGCAGGGUUCGGUGCAGGCGGACUAGGGUCGCAGUCCGGGACUCCACAGCUUCGCCCUUCUCCCUCGCCGACGCCACCGGGCACGAAGAUCACACGCAGUGCUUCGAUGCAGGGUGGAAUAUUCCCCAAAGUCGAGCUCAACAAAGCCAGUCUCGAUCAUGCCCGCAAGCUGCUUACGCAAAUGCUGCGGGAUGCAGGCGUUGCGCACGUGUCCAGCUGGGAGAAAGCUCUCAUUCCGAUCUUGCGCCAAUGCACAGAUGACGUCAACCCGGAUGUGGACAGAGGCGAUGACAUAGAUGUGCGAAACUACAUCAAGCUGAAGAAGAUCCCUGGCGGAAAACCGCGCGACACAGCAUACGUGUCAGGAGUAGUGUUUACGAAGAACGUCGCCCUUCGAAGCAUGCCACGCAAUAUACCGAAUCCGAGGAUCAUCAUCAUUACAUUUGCGAUCGAGUACGCACGACAUCAGACGCACUUUAUGAGCUUGGAACCUGUCAUUGCUCAAGAGCGAGAGUAUUUGCGCAACUUGGUCAGCCGCAUUGCAGCGCUUCGGCCACACGUUCUACUGGUUCAGCGUAACGUGUCCGGCCUGGCCCUCGAGUUGCUCGACCAAGAGGGCAUUGCCGUGGUCUACAAUGUCAAGCCUACUGUACUGAACGCUGUUGCCAGAUGUACGCAAUCGCGGAUGAUCUCAUCUGUUGACAAGCUCGCCAUAGAUCCGUCUCACCUAGGACGUUGUGGCAGCUUUGACGUCCGGACAUAUGUACACAAGAACGUCAAGAAGACGUACAUCUAUCUGUCUGGAUGUCAGAAAGAUUUGGGAUGCACCAUCAUCUUACGAGGCGCUGAGAACCAUGACUUGGUCAAACUGAAGCGUGUCACGGAGUUCAUGAGUUACGUGGUGUACAAUCUCCGCCUCGAGACCUGCCUCAUGCGAGACGAGUUCGUGGACACACCAACAGAGUCGGUCGUCGACCCUCAUGCCUUCGGCGAUGGUGAGCAUACGGAGAAUAUCAACGAUGCGAUAGCCAACGCAGCUGGUGUGGAAACUCACUCUGACGACAAGCUAUCAGCUGGAGACGCCGCGCCCUCAUACUACAGCGAUCUGGUGGAGAACCACCGUACAAAAGUGUUAUCCUCGUCACCAUUCGUCAAGUUCAUGCAGCCGUACCUCCUAGAACAGGCUCGCCAAUACGAGAGGAAGCUUGAUCGCCUCCGGAACUUCAAGAAUCAGUACACCCCUGAGUCUGAUGAUCAAGAAGAAGAAGAAGAAGAAGAAGGAGGAGGAGGAGGAGGAGGAGAAGAGGAAAGGGCGACUCACCAGAAUUUUGAACUCGUACAGCCGGAGAUGGUUCACACUGUUGUUGAACAAGCUUCGAAACAGGUUCGUGAGUUCCUCUCUGCCGUGCACGCAUCUGAAUACGACAAAGCCCUCCACAACUACGAAACACAGAAACGACAGUGGGAAGCGUAUCUAUUGGGAAACGCGGAUUUGUACGACCCAUUCAACCAUCAAAGGAUCGCAGUCUUGUACAGUGUGGUUAACACCACCACUUCGACGCCCUGCAUUGGACCGGAAAUCAUCGCACUUGGUUUCUAUCAAGAACACGACUACGACGAUGGCUUCACCCCUGACUGCACACUUGGCCAGUAUGUCGAGGAUCUCUGCACGUCAGCAGGCGUCGUCUGCGAAGUGGAUGGAUGCAACCGACGAAUGGUAGACCAUUCGCGUCAGUACGUGCAUGGCGAAGGACAAAUGACGGUUGUCGUUCAGAAGCAUCCCCCGAAACUGAAGGGCCUGUAUCAAGCAAUCCUGAUGUGGAGCGUGUGCAGGAAAUGCGGGCAAGAAACGCAGCCAAUUCCCAUGUCCGAGUGGACCUGGAAGUACUCCUUUGCCAAGUACCUCGAGUUGACUUUCUGGAGCACGCAGCUGCAUCCUCGGGCGGGCGUGUGUCCCCACGACAUCCACAAGGACCACGUACGUUACUUUGGCUACAACAAUGUCGCACUUCGCAUCCAGUACGACGCCGUACCAAUGUACGAGGUCAUAGUGCCGAGACCAAACAUCACCUGGAAAGUGGACAGUGAUCUGAGGCUCAAAAACGAGCAGUUCCUGAAGAUCGAAGAACGGUUGGACUGUUUCAUGGCUUCAGUGCGCGCUCGCAUCAGGAGCAUUCACGUCGAGAGCGUGAUUGCCGAAAAGGUCGAAGCAUGUAGGGCAGAGGUCGAGCAUCUCAUCAAGCGCGUGAAUGACGAGCACGAGUUCCUGCGGCACAAACUGCAGGACAAGUACAUGAACUCGAAGUACUACGAGAUAAUCCCACUCAAUCGCGCCAUUCGUGCGAUACAGGAGAAAGCCAUCGCCUGGGACGAGACGUUCAUGGACUUUGAACGAAUGUUCUUCCCGUCUGAGAAGGACAUUCGAAGGCUCGCCACUUUGCAAUUGAAGAAGCUUUUCCUUGAACGCGACGAAUCCAGUACAUCGCUGACCUCAGUUGAUGAAGGCGUAGAGUCUGGUGAGGAAGAGCCUGGAUAUGAUGAUAAAGAUGAUUCGUUAGCGUCGACGCCGAUGCCAUCGAACAUGUCCUCAGAAAAGGCCACUGACAUGUUGACCUUGGUGGUUAAAGAGGACGGAGAUGCACCCGCCGCCGAUGCGGAUGUUACGCCUUUAGCGGAACGACCAUCCACACCCAUCAAAGCGAUCUCCGACUUGCCUAUCCAGACACCACGCGAAGCUGUGGAGCGAGAAGAUGUGCGACACCUCGACCUUGCAGUAUCGUCAGAUUUCCCAAUCAAAGACGACCAGCCUCCGCAGACGCCAACAUUGUCCCCUGAUGGGAAUCAGCUUGAUCCAGGAUCACCUACACCCACGAGCCAUCCAAAGAUCAACCCGAUUGACAAGUCUUUGGCGGAUGCCAUCGAAAAUAUGCAGGGUUCGCCUUCGCCUUCGCCAUCACCAACGCCUCACAUGACAUUGGAAAGCAAGAUUCCACGACUGGUAGACACCAUUCGGCGCGAGACCCCAGCAAGACCCGCCGCAUUGGCACGCACUCAAUCACAACCUGGCAACAUUCCAAAGCACCCAUCGACCCUCCCGCCAGUGGGACCAUACAAGUCAGACGUCCUCCGACCAACGUUCAACGAAUCGCAGAAAGCUCUGGAACGCAUGACCGAGCGAUUACGUCUUGGUAUCUCAAAGCAGUCAAGGUCUACGUCGAGGAUUCCACGCUCUGUGCCUUUCAAGAGUCAGUCGACCAAAGUGUCAAAGCUCGCUGAACACUUUGAACAGCUGUCACGCGAGUUCCAAAAGGAGCGCACACGUGAGCGUUAUCGUGCAAGGGACAGACAAGUGCGCGCAUAUCCGCUUGCGUCAUCCAAGCCCAUUGUCGAGGUCUACAAGGACGUUCACGAAGCAGUCCAAGAGAACACUGCAUCUGAUGAGGAUGUGCAGGUUGAGCCUCCUCCCCGUACAAGCGUCGACAAUAGUACUCUUGACGACAGUGCGGUCACAGAGACGACGGACGUCACGACAGCCCCCCAAUCGCCGGUCGACGAGCGUCAGGGCAGGGAUAUGGUGGAUACUCACACUGACAGCGAAGAGUCACCCCAGGCCGACAGUCAUCCCGCAUCUGAUGCUGAGAACGACACGAGCGAUGUUGAAAUGGCUCCAGAAGACGUUCCAUUACCAGACAGCAUCUCAAGCUCGCAGCUUCUUAACAUGAGCGAUUCCCAGCUCGAGGCUUCAUUGGAACUCCCAAAGCAUGAGAAGACGACACUGCUAAAGAUGCUGACCAACUUCUGGUCAGAGCGCUCUGCAAGCGGAUGGGCACCCCUCGACUACCCCUUCGCGCAGAUUGAGCACGUUUGGGAGGACUCGGAUAUCAUCGUUCGCGAAGAUGAGCCCAGCUCAAUCAUCGCGCUGGCCUUGUCCAGCCCUGACUACCUGGCUAAACUCCAAUCUUUCCGUGACGAUCCAUCUGGCCUAGACAUGGAGUCCAUGGAAGGUUCAAUCGAGCGCAACCUCCUCCACGACAAGAACACCAAUAUCCGGUAUGGCUUCACCAAUCGCGGAGUCAAGGCGCAGUGCAAAAUCUUCUAUGCGCAGUCUUUCGACGCGCUCCGUCGAAAAUGUGGGGUCGCCGACCGCUUCGUCGAGUCGCUUUCGCGUUGCUCCAAAUUCGAGUCGAAAGGUGGAAAAUCCAAAUCCAUCUUCCUCAAGACCCUUGAUGACCGCUUCAUCCUCAAAUCCCUGUCGCCGAUCGAGGUUCAAGCCUUUUUCCGCUUCGCUCCCAACUACUUCGCCUUCACGCACCAGAAUCUAUUCAGGCAGCUACCCUCCGUCAUCGCUAAGAUGUUCGGCCUCUUCCAAGUCCAAAUCAAAACACCUACAGGCCGCGACUUCGACUGGUUUAUGCUGGUCAUGGAAAACUUGUUCUACGACCGCGAACCUAAUCGACGGUACGAUCUCAAAGGCAGCAUGCGCAACCGCAAGAUUCAAUCCACGGGUGAGCGCGACGAAGUUCUGCUUGACGAGAACCUUGUCGACAUCAUCUACUCCGAGACACCUAUCUUCGUCCGUGAACACACGAAGAAGUUGCUCAAAGCCAGUGUGUGGAACGACACGCUCUUCCUUUCACAGAACAAUGUCAUGGAUUACUCGCUCAUGGCUGGGUUCGAUGAUGCUGAACGCGAGAUCAUCGUUGGUAUCAUCGAUUGCAUUCGCACAUAUACGUGGGACAAGAAACUCGAGUCUUGGAUCAAAGAUCGCGGGAAGAACAAGCCGACCAUCACAUCCCCUAAAGACUACCGCAAUCGGUUCAGGAUCGCAAUGGAGAAGUACAUUCUUCAAGCUCCGAAUUGCUGGCACCAGUUCGCUGGGCGCAUGGCGGCUGGUGGUGAUCGCAGGAGGUUGGUCCUUGAGGACACAAGUGCGGGUGGGGAGGGGCACAGGAGGAACGUCAGCAGUGGAAGUACUAUUGGCGGCGAUGGGAGCGGUGGACACAGUAGAGGAGGCAGCCUGACACAGAGGGGCAUGUUGGAGGGUGUGAAGAACAUGGGAGAUGAGAUUUCGAGGGCGGAGGCGAGGAAGAUAAAUAUCACGUUCAACCUCUGCGCGAGCCUGUUUGUCACGCAGCGCAGCACCGACUCACAACGUACGAAACUUAUCAAUGCCGCCCCGGAAUGUCUGGAUAGGGAGUUGCUCACUUGCGUCCCAAAGUCGAAUGCUACGAUACCAUGGGCAAGAGCGAUGCAAAAGGUGUUACGAGAACGGCGCUGUACUACAGUCGCAUAUUGGCAGCGACACCAGCAAACCGGGUUACGGCAUCAUGUGUCUAAGUUAAUCACAUGUUGCUCCGUCCAGGAAGUCAUCGUUUGUACUUCGUUCACCAGCCUUCACGCAAUCGAUUGGAAGCUGCCUUCACCAAAACUACAAUCAAUCUCACCUGCCAUUACCUCGAUCACUUCAACACCAAAUAUCACACCUCGUCUACUCAUCCACAUAAGCGAACACCUCAACGCCAACAGCUAUACCAACGACAUCUCACCCAACAUGCCAUUCUCACGCAUCAUCCCCAUCGCCCUGCGCUUCUUACAAUUCGUCUCCGCAGCUAUCGUCCUCGGCCUGAGCGCCCACUUCCUGCACCAGUACGAAGCGCACCACAUCGGCCCCUUCUCGCGCCUCAUCUACAGCACCGUCAUCUCUGCCAUCUCCGUGUGGCUCGCGCUGCUCUGGAUGGCACUCCCCAGCGCCACCAUCACCCACUUCAUCACCGACCUGCUCUUCUGCGCUGCCUGGUUCGCGGUCUUCGGUCUCCUGCAGGACUACUACGAUGACCAGAUUAAAUGUGGCAGCAUCUGGGCCUGGGACAACAUCGAUGUGACAAAUAAUUACUGUGGGCAAUGGAAUGCGGCGCAGGCGUUCAGCUUUUUGGCGGCGGUGUUUUGGUUUGCGAGUUUUAUUGUUGGGAUUUUGGCUUGGAGUAGGGAACGCAGUCGUGUAGCUACAGAUGGUGCGCCUGCUAGGACUUCUACUUUCUUUCUUGGGUACGAAUUGGAUUGCUGGUAUGCAUCCACUAAUGGGUACGGGCACGGCAAACAGUCUGCUGAAGAUGCGGCUGAUAUGUAUUACGGAGUAGGACUUUCAGUCAGCUUACGAUCAGACAUGAGUCACCGCCCCACCCCCCCGCAAGCACAUAAGAUAGCACGUACACCCCGACAUACCCCCUUGUCAAGUCUCCCCCUCCAACAUGUCUCUUCACGCCUCAAGCAUCCAAAAACAUCAAAUUCACCGUCCACCAUGACAUCUCCACGCGCCACAAUAGCCAUCCUCUCCAUCGGCCAAAUGGGCUUCGGCAUCGCGUCCCUCCUGCUCGCGCACUCCUUCCGCGUCAUAACAAACGUCUCAGACCGCAGCACCGCCACGCAGUCGCGAGCAAGAUCUGCGGGAAUCGAGCAGCGGGACGCAGACGCAGAUCUCGUUGCGCAAGCAGACUACGUUCUUAGCAUCGUGCCGCCCAAGGACGCACCAGCUACCGCGCAGCGCAUCAUCACCGCCUUGAAAGACAGCUGUGUGAGGAGAGGUAAGCGAGAAGCGCUGUGGUUUCUGGACCUGAAUGCGGGGAGCCCGGAUGGAGUUACGCAGCUGUAUGAGUUGUUUGGGCGGGAAGCGGAGGGAGUGCGCUGGCGGAUGCGCCGAUCGAUGGGGAGAGGCUCGCACACGUGCUGA